AUGGAGACGAGAUUGUCCCAGAUGAAAGCAAGACAUAGGCAUGUUCUUGAGGAGAUAUCGCAAUUGGAUAAUUCUGUCGAAUCUAAAUUAUCAUCCUAUAAGGCCUCGCUCUCCUUGCUAAAGUCGAAAAUUCAAAGGUUCCUCCAAAGCCCCCCUGUUGAGCCUUACCCGGUCAAUCCUGAACAGACGGCGUUCUAUUCCUUGAAUCCAAAACGCCGAACCCUCGACAUGGCAAAAGAGUACUGGGAUACAGAACAGUCAGAUCUACAGCGGAGACAAGAGGAGAUCACUGCGGAAAUUCAAGCCCUAGAAGAAGGGGGCGGUGUAUGGAAGCAGGUCGUUGGAGAGAUUUCGGGAUUUGAGAAGCGGUUACGAGCGACCAUGCGCCAGUCGAUCGAAAGGCAGUCGCAAUUAUUGAACCCUGACGAGUCCCCUCAUGACCAAGCGGCCGCUGGCGAAAUACGCAACAUCCUGGAAGAUUUGUCGAAUACUACAACAGGUGUCGAACAUCAUCUGGAGAUUGCAGAAGCGAAAGAUUGGAGGCUCCUUAUAUGCUGUAUCGCGGCCGAACUGGAAGCACUACGGGAAGCACGGAGCCUUCUUCUCGACGCUUUCGGGGUGACGGAAGAUGCACUCUUCCCUUCUGAGAAAGGAAAAGCGCCAGAAGGUCAACGCGGCGAGACUCAGUCCGAUCCUCUUGGGGUCGACAACCCUGAGCCCCCAGCUGAUCUACUGAGGGACGCUGAUGUGCAUAGCCAAGGCGCUGUCUCCCGAUCAGACGAGGACGACGAACCAGAUCCAGCCUGGCUGCUUCCUGAAGCCGGACGCUUUGGCCAACCCGGUUAUCCUCCCUUCUCGAUCGCAACAGCAGACUUUCCAGAGCUUGACGCUGGAAUUAUUUUCGGUGAUGAGAUGUAUCUCCCCGCUCCAACCUUUGCUUUCACGAUCCCAUCGGUUCACGAUGAGACCCGGCUCGAUUGUCGGCUUUAUCUCCCUACGGGUUUGAUGGCAGAACCCUCAUCCAGCCAGCCUUUACGCGGUGCAAUCGUUGCGCACCCCUAUGCCUCUCUUGGAGGGUGCUACGAUGAUGCAGUGGUUAGCUUUAUUGGAGGGGAGCUUCUUGGGAAUGGGUAUGUCGUGGGCACCUUUAACUUUCGAGGUGCAGCGGACUCGGACGGCCGGACAAGUUGGACUGCUAGGCCUGAGGUGGCUGACUAUGUCUCGUUUUACGGCUUCAUGCUUAACUAUCUUCAUAUGCUCUCGAAGUCCGGAAGCAGAAGUGAUGAUGCGCCUACUCCGGAGCAUGGCGAAAGCUCGACAGAUGUCCAACUUGUUUUGAGUGGAUACUCCUUUGGCUCGUUAAUAGCGUCCAAUCUUCCAGCGAUCAGUGUCAUCGCGGACAUAUUUAACGGGAGUGUCGACUCGACAGCGGUUCGCGAAAUUUUUCUGGCCGCAAGAGACAUAUCCUACGAAAACAAGUAUCUCAUAUCUCCUAAUAUCGCCUCUUCUGCCCCCCGUAAACAGAGAGAGAUCCCUUGUCCGAAACCCAUCGACCAACUAUGCACGUGUCCAACACUGGCCAUAUAUGGGGACGACGAUACCUUUACCUCUGCUUCCAAGCUUCUUGAUCAUAUGGAGCCUACGGAGUAG